CGCUUUCUCCAUCCACGCAUCCGUGCAAGCCGUUACACUCUUGCAAUACGCCAAUACCAAAGCACUUCGAGACGACAACAUCCUUACAAAGAUAGUCAGGACAAAGACAGUCUGAAGCCCCAUUCGAACGAGUACAGCAAAUCAGGAGGAGACCAAGCGGCGGCGGCCACAGAGAGUGUAGCUUUCGAUGCUUCCAAGACGAGCCCUGAGGCACAGCAGGAGAGCGCAAGACAAGAGACUGGAGGUAACUCCAAUGAUCCGCUCAACGUCUCGCCCGCGAACCGCGACAUCUCGCAACCUCGAGGGCAGCAAGAAGGCGGCGCUCAAGGCUCCGCUGGCGAGACGGGGGACGGGGGCAGCAGGCAGAGAACGAGUGGUGGUGGGAGUGCC